UUAAGCAGUAGCUCGGUCCUAAUUAAUUAACGUAGUACUACAACAAUGAAGUUGGAACAAGUGCUUUGCAUGCUUGGAGGAACUGGAGACCACAGCUACGCUACCGUCUUCAACCUUGAGGACAAAACCGUACCAGAUGCUAUAUUUAUAAUGAAGCAAUCAGUAGAGGAGCUCUACCACGACCUCCUCCCGGAGAACUACGUGGUCGUCGCCGACUUGGGCUGCUCCUCGGGGCCCAACGCAUUCAUGUACUUUGCGGCGAUAAUGGACGCUAUCGGCGAGAGCUGCGACCGGUUGAGCCGCCGGGCCCCGGAGAUCCAGCUGCUGUUGAACGACCUCCCGGGAAACGACUUCAACACCCUCUUCGGACUCUUCGCGUCGAGCAAGGAGAAGAUGAAGGAGGAGAAGGGAGAGAAGUUUUUACCUUUUUACCCUGCAGGGGUCCCUGGAUCGUUCUAUGGGAGGUUGUUUCCUGCAAGGAGUGUUCACUUCAUCUAUUCAUCUCUUUGUCUUCACUGGCUCUCUCAGGUUCCUCAAGGACUUGAGACUAACGGAAAUACUGCAGUGAACAAAGGAAAUAUCUACAUCUCAAAGACAAGCCCUCCUCUCGUGUCUAAACUAUAUACGGAGCAAUUUCAGAGGGACUUCUAUUCGUUCCUCAAGCUUCGAUCAGAAGAAAUAUGCACCGGAGGACGAAUGGUCUUAAUGUUCUUCGGUCGGAGAACUUGGGAUCCUGCAGAAGAAGAAAAUAACUAUAUUUCGACUUUGCUUUCGAAGGCUCUCAACGAAAUGGUCUUAGAGGGGAUUCUAAAAGCCAGUGAAGUGGACUCAUUCAAUCUACCAUAUUACCAGCCUUGCAUGGAAGAAGUGAAGAUGGUCACGCGAGAUGAAGGAUCAUUUGAUGUCGCGCACGAGAGUGUUUUCGAUUUGAAUUGGGAAGUUCUUGGCAACUUAGAUGAUAAGUCCCUCACGGACAACAAUGCAAGUGGAGAGUACAUAGCAAAGAUCAUGAGAUCAGUGUUAGAACCUCUGUUUGCAUCUCACUUCGGCGAGGCCAUAAUCGACGAAUUAUUUUCGAGAUUGACGGCAAAACUCACCAAGCACAUUGAAACAGAAAAGGGGAAGUAUGUUAUUUUUGUAGUGUCUUUGAGGAGGAUAUAUAGGGUGAAUUCUUGAAAUCUAGAACAAAACUUAGCGGCGGAGGUUCAAACGACAAAACCCAGUCGCAGUCCAAGCUUCACAUGCAUGCAUGCAUGCAUGGCUAGUUUCGCUAAUAAGGCUAGCACAAUUUAAUUUUGUGCGCAAGAACUUUCUUUUUAUGCAUGUUUAAGAAUAUGUUAUCACCUUAGUUUCUUUCUAUAAUUUCCGCGUGGUGGCGACGGAGUAAUCUUGUUUAA